CCAGUGUAACGUGUCCCGACACCUGCAAUGGAGAUCACAAACAAUGCUUACUGCAGGACGGUGUGCAUUUGGCUACAGCGGAGUCAACUGUAAAGACCAAUUUCAGCUGAUCCUCACUAUCGUGAGCACCAUUGCUAGCGUCCUCAUUCUCAGCAUGGCAAUUGCGUUGAUCUUCUCAGCAAGAUCAAAGAACAAAAGGAAGAAUAUCGAAGAACAGAACUUGAUUGAGGAAGACUUUCAAAAUCUAAGACUGCAGCAGACAGGCUUCAGCAAUCUAGGAGCAGACGGGAACAUCUUCCCUAAAAUUAGGAUAGCUGCUUCUGAAGACAAUCGGCCACAAAAUCCCUACACAAACCAAAGAGAAUGGUAAAAAUUUGGAAGCCUCCAUGGCCCCCAACCCAGUACACAAGCUAUUAUUUGGAGUGUUUAAAAAGACUGAUGGAG